UAUGACCAUCCCUUUGCGGUAGCGAAGAUCCCGAGCAAGCUCCCGGCCCCAUCACCGAAUAUUCUGGCCAAGCCCGGCCGCAUCCUCGCCCACGGCGGCAGCGGGCAGCGAGACCCGUCCAAGCUCGCGUCCUCGACCACGGACGGCGGCGACGAAGACCCCUUCCAAAUCCGCUUCCCGCACGCGAUUCCUGCAGGCCGUUGGGAACUUCAACCCCAACAUCCUCGGCUCCCCUCCCUCGAUGACGCCAAAGAACGCGUCUCAAGCAGCGCCCGGCGUCUACCCCAUUAUCAGCUCUUCCCGAAACCUCUCCCCAAGGUACUCUGUCUCUAAGGUUCGUUCCAAUCUCACCAUUUUAUUUGAUUGAGAUGAGAGAGGGGUCAGGUGGCACGCGGUGGCUGUUCGUGGUUGCGUGCUGCUUAUGUACUGUGCAAUUUUAUUUUUUAUUUUUUUGGAGAUAGUUGCUGCUCUGUGCUAGAAGGAGGGAUGAACAGAGGAGAAACAGGACAGGGCUGGGUGUUGUCUGCACACAGAGAUAUUGAGAUAAUUGGUACUAUUGUUGUAGAAUGUUGUGAUGGAAAAAAAAAAUCUUCGAUCUCUUGCAAAUGAUGUUGGAUUGAAUGAUUUCUUUCAGUCACAGGAGUCGUCCAAUAUCGUGCUUCUUAUUGGAAAAGAGUCCCUGAUUUCGUACAUGCCAACAAGAAAGAAGACUAACAGUGGGUUGUUAAGGUGAGGAAUUUUUUAGCGUGCAUGCUUUGUUCGUCCAGAUUGGGUGGUGAGUUUUGGGUAUGACAGUGAGGAAUGUUUUAGUGUGCAUGCUUUGUUCGUCCGGACUGGGUGGUGAGUUUUGUGUAUGACAGUGAGGAAUGUUUUAGUGUGCAUGCUUUGUUCGUCUGGAUUUUAGUGGCCACUGUGUCGUCCAGGUUGGGGAGGAUGACGGAGUCGGCAUGGCUGAAGAGGGUGAAGCAGCUGUUGGGGUUAAGUGUUGCGAGUAAUUUUACAGGAGUGAGCUUGCUCAGAAAUCUGCGACCGUUGAAACAUGAAAUACAUGCAAAGAUGGGGAAUAAUCAACAUGAUGCUCUGGUCGAGAGAAGUAGAAAUUAAUUAAGCUUCAAGAGGCUGAGACGACUCUUGUAGUACUAAGAGGGAAAAUUAGUUCUGGAAACACCGAUAUCUCUGUACUAUCUAUCUAUGUUCAGCAAAGAAAUUCAUUUUCUUCCUUUCUCAUUCCUCUAUUUUUUAGCAGACCAAGAUGCACAAAAGUGCGGCCUAUAAUAAACUGAAAUAGAAGCAGGUAACUACACUCUAGAGGACACCCAUAAAGAAAGAAAGAAGACUUGUGCUAUCAGAAACCAAUCGAAAAGGAGAAGGCAUAAAUGCAGUGGAUGGACUUGACAUUAAGCUGCUUUGUUAGAUAUACCAGGACGAAGCGUGAUCGGUGGGGGUUGAAAGUGUGGCGAUGCCAAUGUCAGAGACUGAACUUGUUAGGUUGGUAAGAAUUAUUUCAUAUUUCUCUAGCUUUGAGAUUGCGGCUUCACUUCUAGUAUCAUAUCAACUAUAAAUGCAUGUGUUGAUCAUAUAAUUAAUGCGUAAAGAUAACUCACAAAAAAAUUAAUGCGUAAAGAUAUCUUACACAAUAUUAAUGUGCAAUUAACUUCCUCGCUAAUAUCACAUAUACACAUUUAUUGCAUUUAAUAUUGUAUAUUUAUUAAUGUGUAUAUAUAAGAAGUGUGUGGCAAGGAAAAAAAUGUGGCUUGUCUGGUUCGACCGGAUCCAAGAUUUUGGACUCCUCGAUUAAAAAAAAGAAAGGUUUUACACUCUUCGGCGGCUCGCAAGCGCCUUCUCGGCAUCCACUCGCCGGCCGGCCGCCGCCGUAUUUUUCUUGGUCGGGCCGGCGCGGUGUCGUGCCGCGCCGUGCUGCCUCCCCAGGAUCGCACCGGUGGCCGUGACAGGAAAAGGCAACCGAAAACCAACAAGAGCGGGGGACAGGAAGAUAUCGGAGGCAGCUGCCCCAACCCUAGGUACUCGCAGUAAAAGUGUACCAAAUGGACCAUGGGAGUUCCCCAACGAAGAUAUGUAAGUCUGUUGUGAAUGAAGAUAUCAUCAGCACUCUACCUGAAGCUCUCAGAGACAAAAUCCUUUGUUGUCUGCCAAUAAAAGAAGCUGUUGGAACAUGCCUCUUGUCAAGGACUUGGAGGUACACAUGGGCUUCAAUGACCGAACUGAUGUUCAGGAGAGCUGAUUUCGCUUCAGGAAAUGACAAUGCAGACGAUGACCGCAGAUUUCUUAAGUUCACUGAUAUGUUUCUCUUCCUCCACAACGGCCCAAUUCUGAAGUUUGGCCUGAAUACCAUAGCGAAUGAAAUGGUAUCCACUGGAGGACACCUUUACCGUUGGAUGCUUAUGCUGUCAAGAAAUAAGAUUAAGGAGAUUCAACUUCAGACAAGUAUACGUGACAGUUACAAGGUCCCGUCUAGUUUUUUCUCCUGCGAUGAACUAGAAUAUGUGUAUCUGCGAGCUUGUGUUUUCACUAGUUUACAUUUGCCACCUCCAUCUAAAGGCUUCAAACAAUUGCAUACUCUUCGUCUAGAAUAUGUCACUGUGGAAGGAAAUAGUUUAGGGGAUUUAGUAGCGAGUUGCCCGAAUUUGGAGAAACUUAAUAUUCGUGGAUUGUACAGCAAAUCCAAUAUAAAUAUUCGUUCAACAAAGCUCAAGGUGCUAAAAAUUGAAGGCUGGUUUACACACCUCAAUCUGCAUGCUCCUUAUCUUACUUCCGUAUGGAUCGGAUUGGAACUGAAUUCUGACACAGAUGGUGCUUCGACAACCAGAUGCAACUUCAAUCUUUCUCCAUUUAUUGCUUCUCUUUCAGAUGUUGAGACUAUUAGGUUUCAUGGACACAUCCUUGAGUGCGUAGAACAUGAAUUUCUGAUUCUCAAGCAGCCAAAAUUAUUCAACCGGCUGACAGAGAUAAGCCUGGAGAUCAAUCUCGGUGAUCUCAAGGAAGCAAAUUUUGCCUUGUGCUUAUUUCAGCAUGCCCCCAACCUGCGAUUUGUCAAACUAAAGCUCAUUUCCAGGAAUUCCGUGGUACCAACAGUGCAUUUCUGGGAAUCAAUAGACCGUGAUGUCUGUCUCUUCCAGAACGUUGAAGUACUUGGUUUGUUCGACUUUACUGGCUCCUCUGCGGAGCUAAGCUUCUUGAAACUUUUACUUGAAGAUGCACCAGUGUUAAGAAAAGUGGGAAUAAUCGACAAGGGAUUGCACAGAAAUGUCCUAAAAUAUCUCCUGAAGCUGAGAAGAGCAUCAAGGGAUGCAGAAAUAUUGAUUCUUUGAGGCUUGCUUCCCCCACUCGAAGAAGGAUCAAGUCCAAUCUCUGAAGGAACAAGUCAAGGCCAUUGGGAGGAACGGUAUCAAGCUUGUGUUGGGAACCUCUAACGACUCUACUGCUCUCGUUUGGUGCGAUCUUGUAAGGCACAAGCUCUGAAGUUUAGGGUGUACAAGCAUAAGUUAUCCCCAUAAUUUUUUUUUGAACGAGCUUAUCCCCAUAAUUUGAUGUUGAAGUUACCCCGUGUUCCUGUGGAAAACAGUGUUGCCUCAGGAGUUGCUUACUUGUUGUGUCAAAGUUCAGAAAUAAAAUGUUUGGCAGUUCAUAUUGAUCUGCGAAAACGUCUUACAUUUA